AUGAACGUCUGCCAAACUGCCAAAGUGCGCGAAAAAGCGCAUAAGCGAGCAUGCGCACAAAGACGCGUUCAACAGACACGCGGACGUGCAGACGCGCAAAUUUUACAAGCAGGCUGCAUAUGUAUUUUCUCAUGUACAUUCCUUCUAUCUAUCUAUCUAUCUAUCUAUCUAUCUAUCUAUCUAUCUAUUACGGGCGCUGAAAAGUUCUCGUUCUCUUAUUUAUCAUUGUCCUUUCCUUUCUUUUCUCGACACAGACACAAUUUCACACACUGUCCGGUUGUAGCAGAGGUAUACACUUUUUUCCUCUCUUUGUUUUACCUUUUUUCUUUCCUUCCUUUUUCUUCUGUAGACAGUUCGGUUUCCAAACCCGACUCACUGCAACAGGGAUGUACACUUUCUUCCUCUCUUUGGUUUUCUUCUUUCUUUCCGUCUUCUUCUUUACACAAUUCAGCUUAUAACAGAGGUAUACACUUUCUUCUCUGGUUUUCCUUUUUCUUUCUUUACACAAUUCAACUUGUAACAGAGGUAUAUACUUUCUUCCUCUUUGGAUAUCCUUUUUCUUUUCGUUACACAAUUCAACUUGUAACAGAGAUAUAUGCUUUCUUCUCUGGUUUUCCUUUUUCUUUAAACGCAGGCUGA